AUGACUACAAGGAAACUACGUGUGUCUGCCAUAGCCAGUGGGGUCCUGGCUACUGCGAGCGUGGUCAACGGCCUGAGCUUCGAGAUCCCUUCUUCUGUGCCUGCCAAUGCGAGUGCGCAGAUCGAUGCUGCGCCGGUGGGCUUGUCAUUCGAGUUCUUCGCGUUCCCCGAGUACUUCGAGCAGCUGUCCUUGACCGACGGCUGUCUGGGAGUGCUGGCCGAUGCAUAUGGAACAAGUCCGCCUAUCCGGAUCGGAGGAACCACCCAGGACCGCGCGACAUACAACGCCUCAUUGUCGUCUGCUGUAUCCUACACCGUCGCCUCGCCAGACGACGCCCCCGAGACAUUGACUUUCGGAGACUCGUUCAUGGACAUCGCAGCCAGCUAUAGUGGAUCCGUUACCAUCGGCUUCAACAGACGCCUAGACAACAUCAACAAUACCAUCGCAGCCGCCAAAGUCGCCACUUCCACAAUCAACAACCUAUACGCCAUCGAGCUCGGCAACGAGCCAAACUUCUUCACAUCCAGCGACCCCAUCGCCGACGGCAAAUCCUGGACCGCAGCCGCCGACGCCGUGUCGCAGGUUGCAUGGCAGAGCUCGGUCGGAACCGCACUCGACAAGACCGCCAUCAUCCAAGCGGGCGUCUUCUUCGGACUGGGGUCCUACGAGGUGACCAACCUCGUGGGCGAGGAGGAAGACACGGAUGCCACCCAAUACGUGCGCUCCUUCUGCCACCACUACUACCCCUACUCCGCCUCCACCGCGGAUCUCGACGGGCUGAUGAGCCACGAGGCGAUCGUGGAGGGCGUGACGGCGUUCCAGUCGCAGGUGUCUGCGGCGCAUGAUCUCGACAAGGACUUCGUGAUGGGAGAAACCAACUCCGCGACCGGGGGAGGCGGGGGGAUCAGUCCUACCUUUGGCGCGGGCUUGUGGAUCCUGGACUACGCGAUGCAAGCUGUUAUCCUGGGGAUCAAGCAACUGUAUUUCCAUCAGGGAACUAUUGGGAACUGUCCAUACUGCUGGUGGGACGAGACCGUCAACGCCCCGUUCUUUGGCGCCUAUACCGCGGCGCUGGCACUCGGGGGAGCGGCGCAGGUCGCGCAGUUGGACAGCGGCGACAGCCGGGUGGCCGCGUAUGCGAUCUACGACAGCAGCGGAGCGCCGACGCGGGUGCUGCUGUACAACUCGGAGUACUACACCUCGGGGACACGGAGCAGCGUCAACAUCAGCUUGAGCGGCCUGUCCUCGACCACCGUAUCAGCCAAGCGACUGACAGGUGAUGCGGCGACAACGACCGUGGGAGCGGGGGCCAUCACCAUCGGGGGACAGACAUUUGCCAACGGGACGUGUGCAUUGCAAGGCACGGCGGAGACGGAGACAACUACCGUGCAGAGCGGCCAAGCGACCUUUACUGUGCAAGAGUCCGAGGCGUUGCUUAUUUAUUUGUAG